GAGGGGAGGGGGCGGGAGGGGGGGUGGGGAAUCCUCAGCGACCCACAGCCCGGAGUCUGAGAGGACCCGGAGCAGCGCCAAGAGACCCGACUCGCCGCAACUUGCCCAGACAAGACACGCUUCAUCUUUCACCCUGGAAGAAGGAGCCGGCCUACCUCUCCCCGCUCGCUUGCUCCUCGGUCUCGGGAGCCCCGCCUCUGCACCAGAAGCGACCCUGGGUUCUGGGUCCCCCUUGACGCCCCGUCCGCUUGCAGCGCCCGGCCAUCGCCUAGGAGCGCGCAGCUGGGGUGCUGAGAAUACAUCGUGAGGAACAGACCUCCCGUGUUCCCGCUGAUUCGGCCAGCCCAGUGGAUGGAGCCCAGAAUCCACAGCCCGGCCAGGAAAGAAAAAAAUUUUCCUGAUGGUUGGUCCAAGCAGGGCCUCCCUGGUGGAUUGAGGAAUGCCUGGCUUUUCCUCAGCUCAUUGAUUUCUGUGGUAACCACUGGCAGCCCCCAGAAGACCCCCAAAAUGAGAGGCCUGAGGUCUGCGAGUCGCUGCUAGAAAUUUUUAGUUCUCCGGAAUGCAGUACCCACACAAGUUUGUAAGGUUCCUGAGCGCAAGCUGAGCGCGCGCGGGAGGACACGCCCUGCGCUCCAGAUCAGGGCCGGGCGCUGCCAUAGCAACGUCCUGAACGCCCAGAUCUUAGGCCGUUGCCGCCACAGCGGGGGUCCGGGCCUUCACCGGCUCGGUAGGGGUGUGGCGGCGGCGGCCCAGAGGAAGCCAGGGCUAGGUAGACGAGACUGCCCCGCCCCUUCAGCUCAAGCCCAGGCUGUGGAUUGGCUUGCAAGCAUGCCCUUCCAGAAGCACGUCUACUAUCCUCUGGCCAACAGCCCCGAGGUGCCCGACGUCUCUGCAGCAGGCGCAGCCCCCAUGGCCUUUGUCCCCCCCAGCGGGGCCUCGGGCCCCCUGCCCUUCUUCCAGUUUCGGCCGCGGCUGGAGAGUGUGGACUGGAGGCGGCUGAGUACCAUCGACGUGGACAAGGUGGCGGGCGCCGUGGACAUCCUGACCCUUCAGGAGAACAUCAUGAACAUCACCUUCUGCAAGCUGGAGGACGAGAAGUGCCCGCACUGCCAAUCAGGGGUGGACCCGAUGCUGUUGAAGCUCAUCCGCCUGGCGCAGCUCACCAUUGAGUACCUGAUGCAUUCGCAGGAGUUCCUCACGUCGCAGCUGAACCUGGUGGAGGAGCGGCUGCGUCUGAGCUUGAGCGACUACGAGCAGAGCAAGCAGCUGCUUAGCAAGCAGGCUGGCGAGAUCAAACUACUCAAGGAGGAGUGCAAACGCAGGAAGAAGAUGCUGUCUACACAGCAGCUGAUGAUCGAAGCCAAAGCCAGCUAUUACCAGUGCCAUUUUUGUGACAAGGCCUUUAUGAACCAAGCUUUUCUACAAAGCCACAUUCAGCGCCGCCACCUUGCAGAUUCUCACCUCGAGUAUAAUACAAAGGCCCAGACUGACAAACUCCAGAAGGAGGUCGACAUGUUGAAGGAACAGCUACAGAUGACCAGGUCUCAGUUGGAGUCUGCCCAGCAUACCCAUGCAGUCCGAUUCUCUAAGGAAUAUGAAAUGCAGAAAACAAAAGAAGAAGACUUUCUGAAGUUAUUUGAUAGGUGGAAAGAGGAAGAAAAGGAGAAACUACUUGAUGAAAUGGAAAAAGUCAAGGAGAUGUUUAUGAAGGAGUUUAAAGAAUUAACUUCUAAGAAUUCAGCAUUAGAAUAUCAAUUGUUAGAAAUCCAGAAGUCUAAUACACGGAUCAAGUCCAACAUAGGCACCUUAAAAGACUUUCAUGAGUUUAAAGAAGACCAUCUUCCGUAUCCACAAGAUUUCCAAAAUAUGCUGCAGCUUAUUGAUAUCCAGGCAAGCAAGUGGACAGACCGAUUUCAAGUUCUCAACGAGGAACACAGCAAGGAGAAGGAUCAGCUCCUGUCACAUAUAGAGAAACUCCAAAACACAAUGAUGAAUGAUCUGAGUGCGGAUAACAUUUUCUAUAAGAAGCGGGUAGAAGAGUUGGGCCAGAAACUACAGGAGCAGAAUGAGCUGAUCAUUACUCAAAGGCAGCAGAUUAAAGAGUUUGCCAGUAAACCAUGCACCAGUAUCGGUGAACUGAAAGGGAAUCCUGUAACCUGGCAAGCACUGGAGACGAAGUCAGUUGGCCCAGCUGCACCUAUGAAUGCCUCAGCCACACAGACUCUGGAAGGUAAAUCAAGUCUGUCAAUGGUACAUGAACAGACAUUCUCAUCACACGUACUGGAACCAAUAGAAGAGCUUUCGUCAGAGGAGGAAAAAGGAAGGGAAAAUGAACAGAAGUUAAAUAAGAAGACACAUUUAAGGAAAACUUCAAAGACUGACCUCUCCCCUCAGCAACUAAGAACAAACUUGGAGAAGAAAUUGGUGAACAAACUGAAAUUCUUUGGAAUUAAUACAGAUAUACAUGGUAUUCCCUGUGAGAUUUUGAAUAAAACUCUGAGAGCUAUGAACUUAGCCAGGCAUGAUCUAGCAAAACAAGUGCCUAACAUUCAGCAAAUUCGAGAACAACUUGAACAUCAGCUCAUCUGUAAAGUUGAGAAGAAAAUGUCACUCUCUUCAGAUAAGCACAGUAUUCCUCUAGUGGACAUCUUGCCAGCUGAAGAAGUAUCCAGAGUGACCCAGAUUCCUCCCAAAAGCAAACAUUUGGUUAGACAAAGACCUGUAUUUACUGAUAAAGUGUCUAUCCCAAAAGUUAAGAAAAAUACCACAGAAGAUCAUCUUCCCAGAAAGUUUUCAUCUACUAAAACACCUCCCUUCAGCUCAGAGGAGGAGCUGGGUGAAGAGGACUUCAUCCAAUCAUAUAUAUCUCCAGACUUGGUCACCGCACAGCCACCUAAAAACAACACCAGUAACUUCGGAAAGUGCUCUGUCAAGAGUGACACAGACUGGACGGAGGGAAGUGAAAUGGAGGACUCUGAAGUUUCUCCAAAGCCCAUAGGAACUUCUGUUCAGAUACAAACUGAAAAUGCUGAAAACAUGGUUUUACCUCAAGGAAAUGGGAAUAAACCAGUUGGGAGGAUUAAUGUUGCUGAAACAUUGAUCAAAAAGGAUGGAUUCCAAGAAGAACUAAAGUGUGCAGAUGUGGAUGAUGACGACUGGGACAUAUCAUCCUUAGAGGGAGAAAAAUCUCUGGGGAAAAAAAUAGAACAGCGGGACCCUCCACCUGUGAAGAGAGAUCUGAAUUCCAGUCAGGUGCCCAGAGCCUGGGGCCCAGUUAACCCUCGGGAAUUCAAGGAAGAAGGUUUGCAGCCUUCACUCUCAUCUGCUGUCUGAACAGCUGUGUAUUCUUUUGGUCUAUGUUUGCAUUCAUGGCUUCAUGAAAAUGAAUCCAGCACAUUGAAAAGCAGCUUAGUAACUAUGACGGACUGGAGUGACUUCUUGGAUGUAUGACUACAGCUCCAUAUAUUGGAAAAUUGUUUGAGAAGCCAGCAGCACUGCAGUUAACAGCCUAUAUGAUUCUAAUGCUCCUGCCUUAGUGUUUCCCACAGUAACAAGGAAGCCCAUGCAGAACAAGGGUGUCUUUAAUGACACUUAACAGUACUAGAAACAAACUGUCAGCAGUAUUUUAAAGCAUAUAAGGUAUUCGACCUCUGCUGUAUAAAAGCAAGAUGUCACUGAAGUCAUAAAAAGUAUUUUUU